AUGCUGGAGUUGCUCUAUCCAGUUUUAAUUCUCCCUUUAAAGCAUAAAGAUUAGUAGAUUGCGAGGUUAAUAAUGUGACUAUAUAUCAUUUUUUGUUUUUUGUUUUUUUAUCAAACUGUAUAGUAAUUCAGGCAACAAAAAUCCUCAUCUCUCCCGGACUCUCAUGUUGCUCACGACCGUAGCAAGAAGGUUGCAAAGAUCUCAUCCCCAAGUUAUUCUCCCACUCUUCUGUUCCGUCUCUUCCCCAUCCUUAUCGUCUCCUCUUACUUCAAAUUCAGUUAUCUCGUUUUCCUCCUUUGAGGCAUUCCAUCGAGCACUUUCAAUUGCAUAUCAACACCCUUUUCGUUUCUUCACUUUCAAAUCUUUCUCCACCCAAAACCUCAGAGACCCAUUUGAGCUCGUUCAGGAGAGAGUUCAUACCCGUGAAUCUCUCAAACCUGGCCUUCUCGAUUCGCUCAAACGGGCUGCAUACUUCACUGCAGAAGCAGAGGCUGUUGCGUCUGUUGAUGCGUCAGGCAUUAAAGCUGAUCAAAAUUUGGUCUAUUCGGUGAUUUGGGAGCUAAGACAUGAGUGGAGACCGGCGUUUUUGGCUUUCAAAUGGGGAGAGAAAUGGGGGUGCUUUGAUGAGAAGUCGUAUGAGUUAAUGAUAUGGGUUUUGGGUAAUCAUAAAAAGUUUAACAUUGCUUGGGUUUUGAUUCGUGAUUUGCAUCGGUCUUCUAUGAACACUCGUCAGGCGAUGCUUAUUAUGAUUGAUAGAUAUGCUGCAGCAAAUGAUCCGGGCAAUGCUAUUCAUACGCUGUAUAUUAUGGAGAAAUUCAGAAUGACCCCUGAUGAAGAUGCAUUUUACUCCCUCAUGAAUGCUCUCUGUAAAUAUGGGAACAUUGAAGAGGCUGAAGAGUUUAUGCUUGUUAAUAAGAAGCUCUUCCCAUUGGAGACCGAAGCAUUUAAUAUCAUUCUCCAUGGAUGGUGUAACAUAUGUGUUGAUGUGCUUGAAGGAAAGCGAAUUUGGAGGGAAAUGUCAAAAUACUGUAUUACACCCAAUGCAGCUUCUUAUACACACAUGAUAUCGUGCUUCUCAAAGGUUGGAAAUCUUUUUGACUCACUAAGGCUUUAUGAUGAGAUGAAGAAAAGGGGUUGGGUCCCAUGUAUUAAGGUUUAUAAUUCAUUGAUUUAUGUACUAACUCGUGAGAACUGCCUGAAAGAAGCACUCAAGGUCCUGGAUAAAAUAAAAGAAAAUGGAUUGCAGCCUGAUUCUACUUCUUACAACUCAAUGAUACGUCCUUUAUGUGAGGGCAAGAAGCUAGCAGAGGCUAGAAGCAUAUUGGCUGCCAUGAUAGAGGAGAAUCUCAGACCAACAAUGGAAACCUACCAUGCACUUCUUGAAGGCACUGGUCUUGAAGAAACAUUGCAAGUCCUUAACCAGAUGAGAAUAGCUGGUAUAGAUCCCACAGAGGAUACCUUUCGCUUAAUUUUGGUCAAGUUCUUCAAGUUAGAGCAACCUGAGAAUGCAUUGAAGAUUUGGCUAGAAAUGAUGCAAUAUGAGGUGACACCUAAUUUGACACAUUAUAUAGUAUUGGUGGAAGGGCUUGCUGGAUGUGGACUGUUAACCGAGGCAUGGGAAUAUUAUGCUGAGAUGAGAUCAAAUGGAUUUUCAGAUAAUCCAAAACUUCUGAAGAUCUUGAAAGAACCGAUACAAGACCAGACUAGCUGCAAAAAACAGCAGGGGAGACAAGUUAAGAGAGAUCAAUAUGUAAGUCAGAAAUUAGGUAGUAAGGUUAGAAGAAAAGGUAGAAAAGGCAUGCAAAAAGGCAAAGAAAAAUUGUAGUCCAAUAUGAGGUGAAACCUAAUUCAACAAAUUGCAGCAUAUAUUUUAAAGGAGAAACAGCAAUAUCUUUACAUGGCAGAAUUUUCCUUCACCGUGAAGCUAUUACAGCCAAUUGGCUUUUCAUGUGCUAGCAUUUGGAUAUCAGGUUAUGAACUCUUGAGGAUUUAGCAACAAGAAAAGAAAUGGAAUAGAGUGAACAAGGGGAAAAACCAUAUGUUCUAUUUUUACAAAAAAUUUAGUGUAGGACUUCGCUUACAAGUAUGUGCUUGCUUCUGCUUCCUUCAUUACUAAGCUUGCGUAGUCAAGCUUGUUUAUUGAGUAAACCAGCCUAAUGGAGCUA